CUUAAAGUCAUGUGAUCGUGUUUUUCAACAAGCCCGACAUGCGGCACCAUUGUUGAGAGCACUGGUAUUGUCCCUGUUUUGCGAACCGUCAUGGCAUCGACGCCUCCUCAAGAAAGACGCGAACCUUCCGCAUCACCUGCAUCUACUGAGUCCAGUGACUCCUCCGAACUUGACCUUUCUUUCACCUACGUUUACGACGACGAUGGCAACUUUGUGCGCUUAUCAAAGGGCUCGCCAAAAUCUCAGAGACAAAGCGCCGCAUAUUCGCCUGCAACUUCACCUCUGGAGGUAGUGCCCUCUUCAGAGCCUGUCGCGUCAUCACCCUCACCGAACAAUGUCCUGGGGCCACACGGGGCGUCGGAUUCAGACUUGGUGUCGCUCACCUCACCUCGACCGCCUUCCCUUACUCGGUCGGAAAGCGCGUUUCCCAUCCUCAGCGGGCACAAUCUGGUGGCUCCUGAAAGGGAGAUUGACAGAGACAGUGCUCCCUCCAUGGCUCGGUCGUUUCAACGCGUGGCCUCAGGGCCGGCAAUUGCGAUGAGUAUCGCUUCCGCCUCGACUAACGGUGGCGCAAAGCGACUUUUCCCUCGUAGGGUAGUUGACGAGUUGCAGGAGGCGCGGCAGAAGCGAAACGGAGAGGAGCUGCGGGCCAGGUUAUUAUCCUCGACUGCUGCCGACUCUCAGGGCCAGCACCUACUCUCCUAUCCGGAUGAAAAGGAAAACAUUGGCCGUGGGAGUGACCUUCAGAGCGUUGAGGAGCUGUAUGGUUCAAGCGCUAGGGCUCCCAUUGACGAUUCCCCCGCAGCUCGGUUACUAGCUGCAUCGCGUCCAGCUUAUGCCUCCCUUUCCUCCCUUUCAGCUGGUACACGUCCCGUUGGCGAUCUUGCGUCAUCACGGCGACGGUUGUCUUCCUCCAACUCUGCCAAUGGGAACAGGAAUUCAAGAAUACUGAAAGGAUCCGGUAAAAAGCAUGUGGUUGAUAGGAUAUCGGAGCUGGACCAAUCUACAGACGAGGAGGCCUAUGGCUAUGAGCAAGUUAGCGACCACGGACAUGAUGAUGGUACAGACUUAGAUGAGCCACAAGUCGACUCUGUCAGUCGCGCACCUUCACGGGAAGGAGUUCUGUCUCUUAGUCAAUCCAAGCCACGGAGAUCGGCAAGUCUUAGUGGGUCAGAUGAGCCUUAUCGUGGCAGCAUUAGUAGUCACGCCCGCUCCCAGCAAUCUCAAUCACGAUCCUCCCGUCCAGGAACGGGUGCAGGUCCCCACCGAGAGACGGGCAUCCUCCCUCGCCGAGUGACUGUCGAAGAACGGGACAGGCAGGAGACGGAACAACGCGCGGAAUCCAAAAAAUAUCAGGAUGUUGAACGUCGCCUUCAAGAGGAGCAAUUUAGAGAACAGCAUCAUCCUUCUCAAGACCGACAAUCGCCAACGCAUGUUCCCUCCCAUGUAAUCAGCGUCAACGGACGACCGUCGUAUGCGACUCAUAGACGUAGAGAGUCAGAUACUCUGAAGAGCAGCGUGGCCCAUUCGGGGUCCCCGACCGCAGUUGAUGUACCUCCGGCGAAACCUUCUUCUGCAAACAAUCUUGCGGCUUCAGCGUCCGUUAAUGCUAAGCAUCGAAGAAGUCCAACUGCUCCGGAACCUCCUACGACCAGCGAGAAUCUGCGAAGCGGUGGUGCUGGCGAUGAGCAGCGAGAGAAAGAGAAGGAACGGCAUCGACAGCAGCGACAACACUCGAUUAAACAAGCGUCGUCGACGGGAUCGAGCCAGCCUAUCUCGGCUUCGCUUUCGCAACAGCAGCUCGCUGCUGCUUCUAUGGGACCUGGGAAUCGGCAUUUGGUGGUUAAUAGGAAACUCUACGCACGGCUAGAUAUGAUUGGCAAAGGUGGCUCUUCUCGCGUAUAUCGCGUGAUGAACCAUGCCAACGAGUUGUACGCUAUCAAGCGCGUGUCAUUGGACAAGAUUGAUUCCGAAACUAUGUCUGGAUAUAUGAAUGAGAUUGCACUCUUAAAGCGACUCGAAGGCAACUCUCGGAUCAUCGGUCUCGUCGACAGUGAACUCAAAGCUGGCCCUGGGGGAAGUAAAGGUCACUUGCUUUUGGUGAUGGAGUGCGGUGAAAUUGAUUUCGCUCGACUGUUGAGUGAGAGGCAAAGCCAAGGGUUGGACAUGGUGUGGGUUGCGUACUACUGGCAACAAAUGCUUCAAGCUGUUCAUGUCAUUCACGAGGAGAAAAUCGUGCAUUCUGAUCUGAAGCCUGCCAACUUUGUCCUUGUAAAGGGGCAGCUGAAGCUAAUUGACUUUGGUAUCGCGAAUGCCAUCGCCAAUGACACGACGAACAUUCAGCGAGAUCAUCAGAUUGGUACGGUGAAUUAUAUGUCACCCGAGGCUAUUGAAGUCCCAGAUGGCAUGAGACGGCAUAAAGUUGGUCGCGCUAGUGACAUCUGGUCAUUAGGUUGUAUUCUCUACCAAAUGGUAUACGGUCAACCACCCUUUCACCAUCUAGCGGUGUUCCAGAAAAUGAAGGCGAUUCCUGACGCCACACAUCGAAUUGACUUCCCUCUCUAUGCGACGCCGACUGUACCCUCGUCGAAUCAGAAAGGAUCGCCGGGCCAUGGACCACCCCCCAAAAAGCUAGAACAUCUCAAACGACGGAUACGGAUGGAUAUCAUUUUGUCCAUGAGGACUUGUCUUAAUCGGAAUCCCAAGGAACGGAUGUCAAUUCCUCAACUUUUAGAGCAGGAUUGGUUAGCGAUGAAAGAUCCGCCGCCGACUCCUACUAUCGUGGAUCUUCUAGGUGAAGAUGAGACCGUGAUCACCCCCUUUUAUAUGAAGCAGCUCCUCGAGUACGGUAUCAGGCUAGGCAAGGGCCUUGGAGAAGGCAAAGAGGCUACUGAAAAGUUACUAGAGGAGGAUGCCCGGCGACUGGUAAAAGAACUGCGCACUCUCAUCGUUAAGAAAGAAGGGGAACAUUAGUCCCGUUAAGCUAUAUGGGCUAUUUGUUUUUGGUCUUUUCAUGGGUCAUCGUCAAAGCGCGUAUAUUUUUUAUAUUUAAGCAUUUGCAUUGUACUUUACUCUUUCAUCGCCGCUCUUUUUCAUCUUACUCAACCAUAUCUUUCCUCCUCAGCAUAUCUCCCACAUCCAUGGUCACCUGUUAACAAUCGCAAAUGUCGUUGCAU